AUGUACGAUACCGAGGACGACCAAUUUGAGGAGGAAGACAAUGAAGAAAUUUCUUCGGAGCUUUGGCAAGAAGCUUGUUGGAUUGUAAUAAAUGCUUAUUUUGACGAAAAAGGUUUAGUACGACAGCAGUUAGAUAGCUUUGACGAGUUUAUACAGAUGUCUGUACAGCGCAUCGUAGAAGAUUCUCCGCCUAUAGAACUACAAGCAGAAGCUCAACACGCUUCCGGCGAAAUUGAGACUCCUCCAAAAUACCUAUUGAAAUUCGAUCAAAUAUAUCUUUCUAAACCUACGCAUUGGGAAAAAGAUGGUGCGCCAUCACCUAUGAUGCCUAACGAAGCUCGACUUCGCAACUUAACUUAUUCUGCUCCCUUAUAUGUAGAUAUCACGAAAACCAUAGUGAAGGAACAUGAAGAUCCAAUAGAAACACAACAUCAAAAAACAUUCAUAGGAAAAAUUCCUAUAAUGCUUAGAUCUACUUAUUGUCUUUUAAGUAACUUAACUGACAGAGAUUUAACAGAGCUGAAUGAGUGUCCAUUAGAUCCUGGUGGCUAUUUUAUUAUCAAUGGUUCUGAAAAAGUUUUGAUUGCACAAGAAAAGAUGGCAACAAAUACAGUGUAUGUAUUUAGUAUGAAAGAUGGGAAAUAUGCAUAUAAAACAGAAAUUCGAUCCUGUCUUGAACACAGCUCUAGGCCUACAUCUACAUUAUGGGUUAAUAUGAUGGCUCGAGGUGGUCAAAGCAUUAAAAAGUCUGCUAUUGGUCAAAGAAUUAUUGCUAUAGUUCCAUACAUUAAACAAGAAAUCCCAAUUAUGAUCGUUUUUAGGGCUUUGGGGUUUGUUGCAGAUAGAGAUAUAUUGGAACAUAUUAUUUAUGAUUUUGAUGAUCCAGAAAUGAUGGAAAUGGUCAAGCCAUCUCUAGAUGAAGCUUUUGUAAUUCAAGAACAAAAUGUAGCUCUUAAUUUUAUUGGUGCUCGAGGAGCACGUCCAGGCGUAACAAAAGAAAGACGUAUAAAAUAUGCUCGAGAAAUUUUACAGAAAGAAAUGCUUCCUCAUGUUGGUGUCUCUGACUUUUGUGAAACUAAAAAGGCUUAUUUUCUUGGAUACAUGGUCCACAGAUUAUUAUUAGCUGCCUUAGGGCGACGUGAAUUGGAUGACAGAGAUCACUAUGGAAAUAAAAGGUUGGAUCUAGCUGGGCCUUUGCUAGCAUUUUUAUUCAGGGGAUUGUUUAAGAAUUUAUUAAAAGAAGUAAGAAUGUAUGCUCAAAAAUUUAUUGACAGGGGAAAAGAUUUUAAUUUGGAAUUAGCUAUUAAAACAAAGAUUAUCACUGAUGGUCUCCGUUACUCCCUUGCAACAGGUAACUGGGGAGAUCAGAAGAAAGCCCAUCAGGCUAGAGCUGGAGUGUCACAAGUAUUAAAUAGAUUAACAUUUGCUUCUACAUUGUCACAUUUGCGACGAGUUAAUUCUCCAAUAGGUAGAGAUGGCAAAUUAGCAAAGCCUCGUCAGUUACAUAACACACUGUGGGGUAUGAUCUGUCCUGCUGAAACACCAGAGGGUGCUGCUGUAGGUCUUGUGAAAAACUUGGCAUUAAUGGCCUAUAUUUCUGUUGGAAGUCAACCAUCUCCAAUUUUGGAGUUUUUAGAGGAAUGGUCCAUGGAAAAUUUGGAAGAAAUAGCUCCUUCAGCUAUUGCAGAUGCAACAAAAAUAUUUGUUAAUGGUUGCUGGGUUGGUAUUCAUAGAGAUCCAGAGCAACUGAUGGCUACGUUAAGAAAACUAAGACGUCAGAUGGACAUUAUAGUAUCUGAAGUCAGCAUGAUUCGUGAUAUUAGAGAUCGUGAAAUAAGAAUUUACACAGAUGCUGGACGAAUUUGCCGUCCUUUACUAAUAGUGGAAAAUGGAGCCUUAUUGUUAAAGAAAAAACAUAUUGAUCACCUCAAAGAGAGGGAUUAUAACAAUUAUGGUUGGCAAAAUUUAGUAGCAAGCGGUGUGGUUGAAUAUAUUGAUACAUUGGAAGAAGAAACAGUUAUGAUUGCUAUGAGCCCCGAUGAUCUAGCACAAGUGAAAGAAUAUGCAUAUUGUACAACAUAUACUCAUUGUGAAAUCCAUCCAGCAAUGAUAUUGGGUGUCUGUGCUUCUAUCAUUCCAUUUCCUGAUCAUAACCAAAGUCCAAGAAAUACUUAUCAAAGUGCUAUGGGCAAACAAGCCAUGGGUGUUUAUAUUACUAACUUCCAUGUAAGAAUGGACACUCUUGCUCAUGUUUUGUACUAUCCACAUAAACCAUUGGUUACCACACGUUCCAUGGAAUAUUUACGUUUUAGAGAAUUGCCUGCAGGAAUUAAUUCAAUUGUUGCUAUCUUAUGUUACACUGGAUAUAACCAGGAGGAUAGUGUUAUUUUAAAUGCAUCUGCUGUGGAGAGAGGAUUCUUCAGAUCUGUAUUUUAUCGCUCGUAUAAAGAUUCUGAAUCUAAAAGGAUUGGUGACCAAGAGGAACAAUUUGAAAAACCAACAAGACAGACGUGUCAAGGCAUGAGAAAUGCUUUAUAUGAUAAACUGGAUGAUGAUGGCAUCAUUGCCCCAGGGAUUCGCGUUUCUGGUGAUGAUGUAGUAAUUGGCAAAACAAUCACUCUGCCUGAAAAUGAUGAUGAGUUGGAAGGCACAACAAAACGCUUCACUAAACGGGAUGCAUCAACAUUUUUGCGUAACAGUGAAACUGGCAUUGUUGAUCAAGUUAUGCUCACUCUGAACAGUGAGGGUUACAAGUUUUGUAAAAUUCGAGUACGAUCAGUUCGUAUCCCACAAAUAGGAGAUAAAUUUGCCUCCCGCCAUGGGCAAAAAGGAACUUGCGGAAUUCAAUACAGACAAGAAGAUAUGCCUUUCACUUGUGAGGGUAUCACACCUGAUAUCAUUAUCAACCCACACGCUAUCCCAUCUCGUAUGACAAUUGGUCACUUGAUUGAAUGUAUCCAAGGUAAAGUAUCUUCAAAUAAGGGAGAAAUUGGUGAUGCAACACCCUUUAAUGAUGCUGUAAAUGUGCAAAAGAUAUCAUCAUUGCUCCAAGAAUAUGGGUACCAUCUCCGUGGUAAUGAAGUUAUGUAUAAUGGACACACAGGGCGUAAAAUUAAUGCCCAAGUUUUCUUAGGACCCACAUACUACCAACGUCUGAAGCACAUGGUAGAUGACAAAAUCCAUUCCAGAGCUAGAGGUCCUGUACAAAUUUUGGUGCGACAGCCUAUGGAAGGACGAGCUCGUGAUGGAGGUUUACGUUUUGGAGAGAUGGAACGUGAUUGUCAAAUUGCUCAUGGUGCAGCUCAGUUUCUUAGAGAGCGCUUAUUUGAAGUAUCUGAUCCCUACCGCAUACAUGUUUGCAACUUCUGUGGUUUGAUAGCUAUUGCGAAUUUGCGUAAUAACACUUUUGAAUGUAAAGGCUGCAAAAAUAAGACCCAAAUCUCCCAAGUGAGAUUACCCUAUGCAGCUAAAUUACUUUUCCAAGAACUUAUGUCCAUGAACAUUGCACCAAGAUUAAUGGUUGUAAGCUAA